AUGGAUGAUCUGGGAGAGGCCGUCAGCCUUGCUCAAACAGCCCUCGAUGCUACCCCGAAACACCACCCAGAUCUGGCGUUACGGUUAUCCUUGCUGGCGAAUGCCCUCGUAGCCAGAUAUAACAGUUCUGGAAACCUGGACGAUUUGCACGAGGCAAUUCGGCUAGCACAAAGAGCCGUUGACGCUACCCCGGAUAACGACCCCGAUCUGCCACAUUGGAUAAAUGAACUAGGGACGCAUCUGUUGACUCGAUACCUUCGCACCGAAAAUUUGAGUGACCUACAAGAUGCAGUGAGCCUCUUGCGAAAAUCUGUGAAUGCUACUCCGAAAGACGACGAAUAUCUAGCGUUGCGAUCAAAUAAUUUUGCGACCGCCCUUUCAGCCCAAUAUGAUCGAAUUGGGAACUUGGAAGAUUUGCAAGAGGCAAUCUUACAAUCACGUACCGCUAUCGAUCUUACUCCGGAAGAUGAUCCGGAUUUAGCACACUGGCUAAACGACCUAUCCCUCACCCUCGCAAGCAGAUAUGAUCUACUUGGAAAUCAAGAGGAUUUAGAGGAGGCUGUUCGCCUUGGUCAAAAAUCAAUCGACGUUACCGAUAAAGGCGACACCGAUCUGCCAAAUCGCCUAGGUACCCAGGCGAGCAAUCUUUUAACCAGAUACCGCCAGACUGGCAACGUGGAGGAUUUGAACGAGGCAAUUUGGCUGAGCAAAACAGCUGUCGACGCUACCCCAAAAAGUCACCCAGAUGUAGCGGCCCAAUUAAGUUUGCUGGGUACCUAUCUUUCAACCCGAUAUGAAGAAUCGAAAAAUGAAGACGAUUUACAGGAGGCGAUUCGGAUGGGCCAAAGAGCUAUUUACCUUACCCCGAAAGACCUCUGGAGUCUAGCUUUUCGGCUGAGCGAUCUCGCGGGAACCUUCUUUAUCAGUUAUGAACAAAAUGGAAACCUGGAUGAUUUGCAAGAAGCUAUACGCCUUGGGCAACAAUCUGUCGAUAUUAUCCCAAAAGACCACGCCAAUCUAGCAAAACGUCUCAACAUGCUAGGGGUCUAUCUAUCAACUCGAUAUGACCGGACUGGGGAUUUGAAUGAUUUACAGCAAGCAGUCCGUUUGACCAAAAAAGCUAUCUCUGUUACUCCGCACGACCACCCUGAUGUAGCACUUUUCUCAAUUUCUUUGGCUAGUAGCCUCUCAACCCGGUAUGACCAAACUGGUGAUCUCGAUGAUUUGCAAGAAGCAAUUCGACUAGCAAAAGCCGCCAUCGGUACUAUAUCAGAUAGCUACCCUGACAGAGAAUACUGGCUACAUAGUCUAUCAACCUUUCUCUCAAGCCGCUAUCAUCGAACCGGAAACUUUGAGGAUUUACAGGAAGCAGUCCGGCUGGCUGAAAACGCCGUCGCCACUACCCCAGAAAAUUAUCCCGACCUAACAGAUCGAUUAAUGAAUCUGGCUAGCAACCUCGCAGCUCGAUUUGAUCGAUCUCAAACAUCAGACUUGGAGGAUAUACAGAAUGCGAUCCGGCUUACCCAAAGAACCAUCGACAAUACACCGAAAGAAAGCCCCGACUUACCACAUUUUUUGAACAAUCUAGCUAUUUACAUCUCAAAACGAUAUAAACGAACUGGAAAUUCGAUUGAUUUACAGGAGGCAAUUUCAGUUUCCGAAAAUGCCGUCGAUAACACCCCAGAACAUCAUCCCGAUCUAGCACGAUGGUUGAAUAAUCUAGGGAUCUUCCUUUCAAUCCGAUACGAUCAUAAACAUCAACAGCAGGAUAAGGUUGCAGCUUUAAAGCACUUCUCUCAAGCCUUCGAUUCGUACAAUGGAACUCCACGGUAUCGUAUCGAAUCUGCCGGUCGAGCAAUCAACCUUCUUGUCCCGGAUGGUGACUUUGAGAGAGCUCAUUUACUAGCCGGAAGAGCACUGGAACUCAUACCUCUAGUAUGCAGUCGCUACCUUACCCGGGAGGACCAGCAGUUUGCCAUUCAGCAAAUGUCGGGCCUAGCUGCGGAUGCAUCCUCUCUUCUCCUCCGAACAGACAAUAAUCCAGCUCGAGCUUUAGAGUAUCUGGAACACGGCAGAGGUCUCAUCAUUGGAUACCUAAUUGAUAGUCGGGGUGAUAUCUCAGAUCUGUCCACUAAAUAUCCCAAGCAAGCGAAUGAAUUCGAUCAGCUUCGUCACAAGGCAUUCAUGCCUAUUCGCCGAGAAGAUCCGCUUGAGGCCCGUCAAAAUUUGUUGGAAGACCGCGAAGAAGCCGUGGAACGCUUGGAAGAUUGCCUAGCGGGCAUCCGGAAUCUAGAGGGAUUCGAUCGAUUCCUUCUUCCCCCUACAUUCGAGACCUUACAAGCAAACGCCACCGACGGUCCUAUUGUGGUUGUGAAUGUCACAUCCAUCAGUAGCGAUGCCUUGAUUAUUCUGCCUUCUGGAAUCAAACACAUUCAACUACCGGACUUUGAUGUAUCGAAGGCUAAUCAAUAUCGAUCCUGGGGACUGAACCGCAGCGCAUCGAGACUGAUUGAGCUGAGAGAAACCGGCAGACCAAAUACCUUUCAACAGUUUUUACGUGAUUUGUGGUCCGACUGUGUCCGUCUGGUGCUAGAUGAGCUAGGGUUUCUCUAUCCUGCAAGCGAUAGUGCACUCCCUCGCAUUUGGUGGAUCGGCACGGGCCUUGCUGCCUCCCUUCCCUUCCACGCGGCAGGCGAUCAUUCUCCAGGCUCACUCGAGAACUCCCUAAGUUGCGUCCUAUCCUCAUACACGCCAUCGAUCAAAAUGCUUCAAUUUGCAAGGGAAAAGACACGUGUCACCCUCGACGCACAGUCGGUGUUACUAGUCACAAUGCCGAAAACUCCUGGUGAAGACGACCUUCCUGGCGUAAUGGCCGAGAGCCAAGCGAUUCAGGAAGCAGUCACCACACCUCAUACAGUGAAAUCACUGAUUCAGCCUAGUGCAGAAACAGUUCUCCAAGGCCUCCAAGAUUGCAGUAUUGCUCAUUUUGCGUGCCACGGAUCGUCCGACAUGACCGAUCCCUCGAACAGUUACCUAGCCCUUCAAGGGGAGUCCGAUUCCAUUACUGAUCGUCUCACUGUCAAAAAGAUCUCUGAGUCUCACAUGAAACAAGCGUGGCUUGCAUACCUUUCGGCCUGCUCCACGGCAGAGAACCAAAUGUCCGAAUUGGCAGACGAAGCCCUCCAUCUCGCGAGUGGGUUUCAAGUUGCGGGCUUUGCACACACAAUUGGGUCAAUGUGGCCAUCGAACGAUGAGAUUUGCGCACAAGUAGCUGCCAUCUUUUACCGUGAACUUAUCACCGAGGGUGGGUUGGUAGAGGGUAAUCGGGCAGUUGCGACGGCGUUGCAUACGGCUGUGAUGACUGUUCGCGAGGAGAAUUUGGAAAAUCCAUACCUGUGGGCUCAAUAUGUUCACUUUGGAGCUUGA